AUGCUGCGGUCUGUGACCCACCUGGAGCCUGUUGGCCGCACUCCUCACAGCAUGAGGCCUAGCGUGUGUCAGCCAGGAGAGGCGGCCGAUCUCCCAUUCUGGCGCAAAAUGGUGACAAUGCAAAACAAGCAAAAGCCCCCUUACUUCCCCCCUGGACCGUCGGAGGUGAUCGCGAUCCAACCCAGAGCGGCAAAUCUGGAUCAGUGGGUGCGCAAGGCGAAGCCACUUCAAUAUGCCUACAACCCAGCGUGA